GCACGGUUUUUUUCGGAUGACAGCUCAAACACGUGUUUUAGUUUAUAGCCUUAAGCUUUGUUUGUGAACAGGGGGAUGGUGUUACAAUGAAAGUGACAAUCUUCGCCAUAUUUGCACAGUUAGUCACGCAGCAGCUGUACUUUGCUCAGUUGAAUCAGUUGAGUUUUGAGAAAAUAAAUUCGUGAAAGAAGGAGCUGCUCUCGUGACAACAUGGAGACUCUGCAGGACCUCUGCAGCUUUGAACGUUUUAACGCUUUCUGGAAACAUUAUGGUUACGGCAUUGAUCAACAAGAACUGAUCGAUCUAGAAUUUAAAAGGAUUAAAGGUAUUACGUACCUUGAUCAUGCAGGGACUACCCUGUUUCCUGAAUCUCUCAUUAAAGGAUUUUACGAGGAUAUAGCAAGGAAUGUUUAUGGUAAUCCUCACAGUCACAAUCCCAGCAGCAGAUUAACACAUGACACUGUUGAAAGUGUCCGAUACAGGAUACUGGAACAUUUUAAUACAACUCCUGAAGAAUACUCAGUGAUAUUUACAUCAGGAUGCACCGCAGCACUGAAAUUAGUGGCUGACUCUUUCCCCUGGAAGUCUGCAUCGACUGAUGGGCCUGGAAGUCGGUUUUGCUACCUCACCGACAACCACACCUCUGUGGUCGGGAUUCGUGGUGCACCUGCUCUUCGGGGGGUAACUGUGGUUCCCAUCCAGCCUCACGAAGUGGAAGCCAUUAUUAAGAAAUCGACUGAUGAAGAACAGAGGAGCUCGACUCCUCAUCUUUUUUGCUAUCCUGCCCAGAGUAACUUCUCAGGCAGGAAAUAUCCCCUGAGAUACGUGAAAGGAAUUCAAUCUCAACAGCUCUAUCCAGCAUGUGAGCACGGCGGUCGAUGGUUUGUGCUUCUCGAUGCUGCCUGUUUUGUAAGCUGCUCACAUCUGGACCUCAGGAAGUAUCCAGCCGAUUUCGUGCCAAUAUCUUUCUACAAAAUGUUCGGCUUUCCUACUGGACUCGGAGCCUUGCUGGUUAGGAAUGAAACAGCUGAGAUCUUGAGAAAGAGUUACUUUGGUGGAGGGACAGCAGCAGCGUAUCUUAUGGAAGAAAACUAUUUUGUACCAAGACCAAAUGUUGAUAGCAGGUUUGAGGAUGGCACGAUCUCCUUCCUUGACAUCAUUUCUCUUCAUCAUGGUUUCGAGACACUUCAAAAACUUACAGGAAGUAUGCUCAACAUUCAGCUUCAUACAUUUGGUUUAGCUCGCUACACCUACACCGUACUCUCAUGCCUGUGUCAUAGUAAUGGAAAACCUGUUGCACAGAUCUAUUGCGAUAAUGAGUUUCAGAAUAUGGCUGAACAGGGUGCGAUCCUCAACUUUAGUCUAUUGGACUGCCAUGGACGAACAGUUGGAUAUUCCCAGGUGGACAAAAUGGCCAGUCUUUUCAACAUUCAUAUUCGCACAGGCUGUUUUUGCAACACAGGAGCUUGUCAAUAUUAUCUGGGUAUCAGCAACCAAGACGUAAAGACUAACUUACAGGCUGGUCACGUCUGUGGAGACAACAUUGAUCUGGUCGAGGGACGUCCAACAGGGUCCAUCCGUGUGUCUUUUGGCUACAUGUCUAGUUUUGAGGAUUGUCAGAACUUUCUUCGGUUUAUUGUGAACUGUUUUGUGUACAAACCAUUAACACUGGACCAAAAGAGACUGGGAAGGCUGAUGACACCAGCACCAGUGGAUCCAUCAGCAUCCUUUCAUCCAACACCAGUAACAAAUGGGCAGAUAGGACAUGAGAAUGGGCAAGACAUCAACCUCUCUUUCAGAGAAGCACCAUCUGAAGAGCAUGUGUCCAAAGAGAAAAAGAACAAUGGCAGUACCCAUACACUAACUAAUCUUUUCAUCUAUCCUGUCAAAUCAUGUGCUUCAUUUGAGGUGGCAGAGUGGCCACUGGGACCCCAGGGUUUGCUGUAUGACCGUUUAUGGAUGGUUGUAAAUGAGAAUGGAGUGUGUCUGAGCCAGAAAAGAGAGCCUAAACUGUGUCUCAUCCAACCUGUUAUCUGUCUGGCCUCUAAUACGCUGCAGCUAAAGGUCUCAGGAAUGAAACCAGUCACUGUUCCCUUAGAUGCCAAUAUAAAGUAUACAAGUGUAAGAGCAUCCCACACCAAAGUUUGUGGUGACAGUGUACUGUCAGUGGAUUGUGGGAAGGAAGUUUCAGCAUGGCUUUCUGAGUUCCUUGGAAAACCUUGUCGUCUUUUAAGGCAGAGUCCUGAUGUCCUGCGUGAAAUGAAAAUUGGCAGACAGAAAGGGGAUUGUUGCCUCGCCGCUCUCUCUCUGGUGAACGAGGCUCAGUUUCUUCUCAUUAACAGAGCUAGUGUGUCUGUUUUACAACAACACAUUGACAACAGACAGGAAAAUGAGAGUAAAGACAUGAGGUUGGAUAUGGAGCAGUUGGUUCAACGUUUCCGGGCGAAUAUUGUUGUCUCAGGACAGGAGCCGUUUGUAGAGGAGGGCUGGUCCCACCUGACAAUAGGAACCACAAAGUUUAAGGUGAUAGGAAAAUGUGGCCGUUGCCAGAUGAUUGGAGUUGACCAGAAAUCGGCAGCUAGGACCCAGGAACCCCUCAGGUCUCUUUCUGAAUGCAGAAGUGGAAAGGUGACUUUUGGUGUUUACUUGACCCAACAGUCAAUAAGGAGUUCCACUGCUGUCCCUAUCUUAUCUGUAGGGGCUCAUGUUACUCCACAAGUAUCAGAGUCUGCUGAUAAUCCUUAAAAAUCUUUAGGAAAUGUUAUUUCAUUUUAUGCACAUGUUUUACAAUUUAUGCAAUAUACUUGAAAUACAUGGAAUGUGCAUUAGGCCUACAUUAUCUACAGAUAUUAUCAACAUAUUUGUAUUCAAUAUAAAAAAAUAAAUCAGAUUUUACAAAACUAA